AUUCUACUACAUUGUGGGUCUCGUAUUGAAUGUCGUAUAUGUGUGUGAAAGUAGUGAAACAUAGAUUGAUGUGUUUUGGUUUAUUAUUAUUAUUAUAAUAGUUUCUUUGAUGUUUACUUAUAAUUGAAAUAUUAUAAAUUAGUGGAUGAACUGGUCGUGGAUAUGUCAGUUUAGCUGACAUUUUUUUGGGGGGUGGCAUUUUAGGGUGUUGUUAAAACGGUUUAAGGGAGGAAGAUUUAAAGCACAAUAUGACUGAGACUGGUAGAGAUUAUAUCGGUUUCGCCACCCUGCCGGAUCAAGUACAUCGAAAAUCCGUUAAACGUGGCUUUGAAUUUACUCUGAUGGUAGUGGGCGAGUCUGGAUUAGGGAAAUCAACCCUGAUAAAUAGCUUGUUCUUAGAGGACCUAUAUAAGAACCGAAUAAUUCCGGAUGUGAGUGAAAGAAUUACGAAAACUACCACCGUAGAAAAGAAGACGAUGGAAAUCGAGGAAAGAGGGGUUAGGGUGAGACUGACUAUAAUCGAUACACCCGGGUUCGGAGAUGCGGUAAACUGCGAAGACAGCUGGAAGGUGGUGACCAAUUACAUCGACGAACAAUUCAGGCAAUAUUUCACCGAUGAAAGCGGCCUAAAUCGUCGAAAUAUUCAAGAUAAUAGGGUCCAUUGUUGUUUGUAUUUUAUACCACCAUGGGGCCACAGCCUACGUCAAAUGGACCUAGAAAUGCUAAAACGCCUCCACUUAAAAGUCAAUAUUGUUCUGGUGAUAGCAAAGGCGGACACCCUGACCACCACCGAAGUGGAAAAACUGAAAAAGAACAUCUUAAGGGACGUGAAGGAGCAUAAAAUUCAAAUGUACGAAUUUCCGGAAUGUGACAGUGACGAAGACGAGGAAUUUAAACAGCAGGAUCGGGAAUUGAAAGCGAGUGUGCCGUUUGCUGUGGUGGGAAGCAACACGAUUUUGGAGAUCGCUGGGAGGAAGAUCAGGGGUAGGCAGUACCCUUGGGGAGUAGUCGAUGUGGAAAACCCGAAACACAGCGACUUUAUAAAAUUACGCACUAUGUUAAUCUCCACCCAUAUGCAAGACCUGAAAGACGUUACUGAGGACGUACAUUAUGAAAAUUUUAGGGCUCAAUGUAUCUCCCAAAUUUCGCAACAUGCCAGAGAAAGAGGUUUUUCAUUUUCUAGAAAGUUAAAAAGAGAAUCAGCUCCGUAUGACUCUGAUAUUACCGAAACGGAUCGAUUACUGCUGCAAAAAGACGAAGAAAUUCGUCGUAUGCAAGAAAUGUUAAACCAAAUGCAAGAAAAAUUGAAAGGAACCGCUCAAGAGAGAAAGCACGAGAGCAUCAUUGAUGUUUAGUUUAUUCGUAUGUGUGUCUCAAUAAUAUUUAGAGAAACUAAUAAUUGUAACAUUCCUUUUUUUAUUUAGUCUGUGUCUAGAACCAAAGAGUCUGAUAGUUGAAUUUUUUUCUCACAUUUAUACAUAUAAUAUUAUUAUUUAUUAUGUUGAUUAUGUUAAUAAAAAAUAUUGCUAUAA